UUCUGCAUUGUUAUUAUGAAGCGCGCUCUGCCUGUCUGUUGAUCAUCCGAGUGAACCAGAAUUGCAGUUGUGGGUCAAGGUCCUACACACGCUUCGCAGAUGAUUAUUGCGACUGUUCUCCAUGAGGGGCAAUCCCCGACAAUAGAUUGUCCUGAUAGCAGACAAGCUGCCAGUCACCAAGGACCCCAUGAAAAGGGCGUGGUACUCAAUGGUAGUGAAGAGUCCGCUGUCUGUUCAAAUACAUUCGCCUCCGACCACACACAUCGCAAGCUUAAGCCCAGACACAUACAACUUAUUGGCAUCGGUGGUACAAUUGGCACAGCACUAUAUGUGCAGAUUGGUAAGGGCUUGAUGCAUGGUGGCCCUGGCAGCCUGUUUCUGGCUUUUUUGAUCUGGUUAGUUUCCCACUACUGCUGCCAAUUUGUCUUCAUACUGCCCUUCCUCUCCUUCCCUACUGUUCCCGCUGCCAUCUCAACCUGGCAACUAUUGUCCCAGAGAGUUUGCCUCAAUGGUAGUGAGUCAACAUUCACUACAAAUGAGCCAGUUCCUCCACUAGUUGGAAAGCUAUUGAGACGUGCUGUUCAGCUUCAAUGAGCUGUUCCUACAAGCCCCCCGUGGAAACCUAAGUAGGACAGGACUGCGACACAUUUGAUUUGGUUGUGAAUUAGCACGGGUGUGAAUAUGGCCUUUGUGAUCAAAUGCCUCUUUUCUUCGGGCCCUAUUGUUCAAUCCUGUUGGCUUCUCUCCUCGCGGUCCCGAAAAUAUUCCA